CCCGUCCGCCGCCGCCGCCCGGGACGAGGACCUGUCGCUAUGUCUGCCAUCUUCAACUUUCAAAGUCUACUGACAGUAAUCUUGCUGCUCAUAUGUACCUGUGCUUAUAUCCGAUCCUUGGCCCCCAGCCUACUGGAUAAAAAUAAGACGGGAGUUUUGGGUGUGUUUUGGAAGUGUGCCAGAAUUGGUGAACGAAAGAGUCCUUAUGUAGCAGUGUGCUGUAUUGUUAUGGCCUUCAGCAUUCUGUUUAUGCAGUAACAGUUGGAAAACACAGAGUUUCCUUUCUAUGUGACUUCGGAGAAUAAAAGGACUUGCCUAUAGGAAACAACAAUGGGAAGAGUGAUUCAUCAGCUCUUGAUGCAUUGGGUCAGAGAGACUCAUGACUGUCAUUCUCUGUUUCACUUGAAAAUGGACCAAUGUUGGUGCUAUAUGAGUAAUUAAGAUGCAGGUUUAAUUCCAGAAGUGUGAUAUGGAUGCAAUUAUCAAUUUGGUAUUACUGUUCCUAUCAUGGCCAUUCUGUUGCUUUGCAUUUUGAUUUUAAGUGAAUAGAAUAGGACCUGAAAUACAAUAGAACAAAGUUGAUCAAUAAAUUUACUCAAGUUACUGUCUAUAUGAUUUAGAAAUGAUAUUCAUCUUUAAAGAAUGAGAAUAUUUCAGGGAUGAACAUUUUUCUAAAAUUAGGAAAAGGUUAAAAUUCGAGCAUUAAAAAUUGUUAUUUUAAGUGACUAAAUGCUUCUUGUAUUCCAUAGACAAUUAGCGUUGCACUUUUAAUGAGUACCUUCACUCUGAGCAAAACCUAAAGUUUAUUACAUUGUCAUAAACACGGAAUCAAUCUCUGCGGUAUUUAUAUCAUUAAGAUACCAAUAUGCUUCCUGUAACAUUUGCCUUGAGAAAGAAAUCUUUUCUUCACCCACCACUGUAGGAAGUCUCAUUGUUUUCAGCACAAUAAAAUAAGAAAUCCCAAAUAUGA